AUGGGACAUGGCAGUGCCUUCGAUCCCGAUAGAGACAUCCCCUCUCUUGAGGGCAAAGUCAUCCUCAUCACAGGCGGUAAUGUUGGUCUUGGCAAGCAAUCCGCAUUAGCUCUAUCGAAGCACCAGCCUUCGGAGCUUUGGAUAGCUGCUCGCAGUGCCAAAAAAGCCGAUUCCGCCAUUGCCGAGAUUAAACAACUAAGCCCUGCGGUUCAAGUUCGGUUCCUAGAACUGGAUCUAGCAUCCUUUGCCUCCGUCAAAACAGCCGCCGAAGCUUUUCUUAGUCCCGUCUCACGCCUCGAUAUUCUUAUGCUUAAUGCUGGUAUCAUGGCAUGCCCCCCUGGCCAGACCACGGAGGGGUAUGAAGUGCAGUUUGGCACAAACCACAUGGGCCAUGCCCUACUGACUAAGAUACUUCUGCCACUCUUGAUCCGCACUGCCUCGUCAUCUCCCAGAAGUGACGUACGAGUCGUGAGCGCAAGCUCGGUUGCUCACAAGUUCGGCCCCUCAGGCGGCAUUCAAUUCGACACUCUCAAGUCUACUGCCACCGCAAUGUCAACCAAUGAUCGCUAUGGACAAAGUAAACUCGCGAAUCUCCUCUUCAUCAGAGAACUAGCUGAGCACCACCCUGAGCUUACUGUAGCGUUGAUCCAUCCUGGCACCGUGAAGACAGACUUGCAAAAGUCAAAUGAUGGGAGCUGGAUGAUCAAUGUAUUCCAGAAGGUCGUUGUUCCACUCAUUGGUGUCAGUGUAGAAGAAGGGGCCAAGUCUCAAUUGUGGGCGGCUACAGCAAAAGGAGUUCAGAGCGGGGAGUAUUAUGUUCCUGUUGGUGUAUCGGGAGAAGGGAGUCAGUCGUCCAAUGACAAAGCCUUGGCAAAGAAGCUAUGGGAUUGGACUGAGAAGGAGCUGGAGUCGUACAUUUAG